AUGACUACAACAGAUCGAAGUCGUAUACGUCCAAUGGGACAUUCGACUAUUCAUCAAUCUCAGCAUACGCGUACAUCACCAGCAAACAAUUCCAAAGGAAUUAAAAUUCGAUUUGGCAAUAAUCAAUCAACAUUGACUUCAAUGUCGAAACCAGCAUCAAUAUUGAAAAAACAAAGAGAAAAUAAGCCAUACGUUGAUCAUUUUAAUGAAAAUGUCAACGAUUGGCAACCACCAAGUGAUCUUGAAUUAAUUUCAACAAAAAAAAUGUAUAGUCCUAUUGGUACACCACCGCGAUUACGAACACUCAUAACUCCACCUGGUAUUGAACCCUAUCGAAAUACUUUCAAUUUACGUCGAAUAAAUAGUCCAUUACCAUCACUUGAUGACUGGCAUAUUCCUCCAGCUGGUCUUGAUACAUGGGGACUUGAUCCCAUCGAUUAUCGUUUAAAUCAAGAUCUACAUUUAAUUCGACGCUAUCCAUCACCAUUAACACAUUUCGGUCUAGGAAGUCAAGCUCAAAAACAAAAAAAGUCAUACAUUGUGGUACCUCGUCUAUCCAGUUUCACCACUCCACCUAUUAGUAGAGAUGGUGCUGGUGGUACUUUCACCAUACCUUCUCAUCAAGCAGCAUCAACCUACGUUCCUGAUUCUGAAUAUAUAUAUCUUGAAAGAGUUCGUUCAUAUCCUUCACCGAAAUUUCAACGAGAACCUUCUGAUUACAUUUAUGUUCGUCGUAAUGAUGCAUUUGCAAAUCGUUUUAUAGAAGAUUUUAUCGGUAAAUGUAUUGAAGAUCAAUUUAUACCAGAUAUUUUACUUGAAAUAGUUAGUGAACUUGAUCGAGAAAAUAAAAAUCAAAGUGUAAAAUCGUUUAAACCUGAAGUUGAUCGAUAUUAUACUGAAUUAAAUAAUUUUAUUAGCCAAAAAGAAAUUGAUAACUCUCAUUUAUUCUCUGACGCAUGGAUACGUGAACUUGAUUAUCAACGUCCACCAAUUCCUUCAUCAAAUAUUGAUUCUAAUAUAUCAUUACUUAAACCAUUAGAUUUCAGAGAAUUUCCACGUACUCAAAUAACGACAAAAAAAAGAUAUCACGAUUUACCUCCAGAUAUACAAGGCCGUCUAUUACAAGAUAUUAAUCAAGAAUUAAUUGAUUACGAAGUAGAAAAUAUGGUUACAGAAAUAACUGGUCAAACUUUAACCAAUAAAUUACGUAAUGUUCCAGCUGUAAAUGAUGCUACGAAUGAUAUUUAUCGUGAUAUUGAAUCGGAGGUUAUAAGAGAAAUAAUGCGUGAUACAGCUUACGAUGUUCAUAGUUCUCAAAGAAAUCAAAUUGAUCAAGUUCAAUUUAAUUCAAUAGAAAAACAAGCACAAAAUAAAUUAUUAGAUACAAUAUUGUUAGAUCAAUUAACUGGAAAAUAUAUUAAACAAAAUGGUUCAGUUGUUGAUGUUGAUGAUCUUUCGCGUUUCUUAGACGCAACUAUUCUUGAUAGUUUAGUUUAUCAUUAUCAAGAUAUAAAUGAUAAUCGUUCGAGAACAUUAGAUAAUUAUGCUUUAAGAAAAUUUCAUCUUAAUUCAUUUAUGAAUAUGACAAUGGAUUUAUUAUUAACUGAACUUAGUGCUAGUCUUAUUGAAGAUAUGAAAGAUUUAGAUGAACAAGAACGAAAAAUAUUUUAA